AUGGGUGAUGCCUCUUCUCCUCCACCGGUAGCUCGCCAGGUCAGCUCGCAGGAGGCUCCGGGCACAUCCGUGGUCCCGUUGCGCAUCAUUACGCACAAUAUUCGCUUCGCCAACACCAGUCCAGAGAAGCAUGAACGAUUGUGGGAGGAUCGGUUCCCGCAUCUGUCGAGUCAUUUCAAGUAUCAUACACGUCCGCACUUUGCGCCGCAAUCUACAUUGGUCUGCAUGCAAGAGGUCCUGCACCGGCAGCUGCAAGAUCUGGUCAAACAUACCUUCAACACGUCCGGCUCCACGUCUCCUUCCCAUGCAGAGGAGAGUGAUUGGACCUUUGUCGGCGUUGGUCGCAAUGAUGGCAAGACUAAAGGCGAGUAUAGUCCCAUCUUCUUUCGCAAAUCCGCAUGGAAACUCCGCCAUUUUGAGACAGUGUGGCUUAAUGAGACUGGAGAGGUGGGCAAGAAGGGGUGGGAUGCUUCCAGCAUCCGGAUUUUGACUUGCGCUGUCCUCCAAUCGGCGCUUCCACCCACAGACUCUGGAGUCACAUCGACAUCCCACACCUCAAGGGUCAUCCUUGCGCUCAAUACGCAUCUUGAUGAUCAAGGCGUAGUAUCGCGUCGGGAGUCUACUAAGCUCAUCCUUAAGGUCGCCUCACGGCUGAAGUCGCAAUACUCACCGCAGUUCACUUUUCUCGCUGGGGAUUUGAACAGUCGCCCUGACGAUGACGCAUAUCAGCUUCUCAAUAUGCCGGGAUCCAGCUUUGUUGACACGCGCCGCCUAAUUCCUGACGACAACAAUGCAGAAGGCAAGAUAUACGCGUAUGGCAACGAACGUACCUUCACUGGGUUUGCGGGUGAUGCAGGGGCUGGAGGUAGGCACAGAAUUGACUUUAUUCACUUGGGGAUUUCCGAAGGGACCCAUGAUGAGGCAGAAAUCGACACAUUGAAACAGAUGGUGCAGGGGUAUGGAGUGCUUCCAAGCCGAUUUGACGACCAGAUCUGGAUGAGCGACCAUCGUGGGAUAGUUGUGGAUCUCCUGGUUCCAAUGAAAAGCCCUUGA